AUGCUCAUCCGUGGGUCCAACGCGGUGGGCUACACGUCCUACCCGGACAACGUGGUGACGGAGUUCGUCCGCCUCGCGGCGCAGAACGGGAUUGACGUGUUCCGGGUGUUCGACUGCUUUAACGACGUCGAGCAGAUGCGCGUGUGCAUCGAGGCCGUCCGCAAGGCCGGGAAGGUUGCCGAGACGUCUCCCAUAUUUACGGUGGACUACUACAAGGGGGUGGCCAAGAGCGCCGCGGAGGCCGGGGCGCACAUGAUCGGCAUCAAGGACAUGGCCGGCCUGUUGAAGCCGCGGUCCGCGCCGCUGCUGGUGGAGGCGAUCCGCUCCGUCACCGACCUGCCCAUCCACUUCCACACCCACGCCACCAGCUCCUGCUCGCUGGCCACGGCGCUCGAGAUGGCCCGCGCGGGGUGCGACGUGAUCGACUUCGCGACAGCGUCCAUGGCGGACUGCACCUCACAGCCGAGCCUGAACGGUUUCUUGGCGUCCACCGAGGGGAGCGAGAUGGCUCCGGACGGCACCGGAUACCUGGGACUCGAGCCGUACGACGUGUACUGGAGCAGGGUGCGGGAUAUGUACAGCCCGUUUGAGAACGGCAUGAAGAGCGGCACCGCCAGGGUGUUCGACCACCAGAUCCCAGGCAAGAUAGGGGAGAUACAUAUUUCGUGUUCGAGGGCAAAAGGCGGGCAGUACUCGAACCUGAUGGUCCAGUGCAAGAGCAUGGGCAUCUGGGACAAGUGGGAGGGCGUGCUGGACAUGUACCGCGACGUGAACAACCUGUUCGGGGAUAUCGUCAAGGUGACGCCCUCGAGUAAGUGCGUCGGCGACCUGGCGCUGUACCUGGUGACGCGGGGCCUCAAGGCGUCGGACGUGACCGAUCCCGCCAAGAAGGGGCAGGUGGAUUUCCCGGACUCGGUCGUCGGGCUGCUGGAGGGGCGCCUCGGCUUCCCGCACAAGGGUUUCCCGGAUGAGGUAGUGGGUUGCUAUGCUUGCUGAGGUUGCCUAGGCGUGUUUCGCGUCCCGGAAAGGGUGCACUAUAGGUGUGUUUUGUGUCUCGAAAAAGAGUAUCGGGAAGGUAUGUUGUGUGAAACGGUACACUAAAGGCGGUUCUUGUGUCCCGGAAAGGUACAGGCGGUUUUUUGUGUCACGGAAAGGGUACAGUAUAAGGCGGUUUGUGUCCCGGAAAUGGUACACUACUGGCGGCUAAUGUCCCGGAAAGCGUUACACUAGAAGGCGUGUGUUGCUCCCCGGAAAGGGUGUUCUACAGGCGUGUUUUGCGGGCGCGCGUUUGUGGGAGGUGGCAUCGACAUCGUUUGACAAUUUUUUUUGCAGG